AGUUAAAAAGCAAAUUAAUUAGAAAAAAAAAAAAAUUAAAUAAAAUAAACCACAAAAUCCAACAAACACAAAAUGGAGGGUUCAAAUAGUCCACGUGAUAUGCUGCUGCUCAAUGGGCAUGCCGAAGGUGCCGCGCAUCACUUGGGCCUAACAAAUGGCGUCGCUAGCGGCAGUAACAGUUUGCCAGCUGGCAAUGUGAAAACCGAUCACUUUAAUGGUGAUGAUAUAUCGUCGAACAGUUUUAUGUCCAUUCCACAAUUCUAUGCGGGACGUAGUGUAUUCAUAACCGGAGGCACUGGAUUUAUGGGAAAGGUUCUUGUUGAAAAGUUAUUACGUUCAUGUCCAGACAUAAAAAAUAUUUAUCUAUUAAUAAGACCAAAACGAGGACAGGAAGUCUCAGCGCGUUUAAAUGAGCUGCUUAAUGCACCGCUUUUUGAAACAUUGCGAAGAGAGAAACCAAAGGAAUUGAGUAAAGUUAUUCCUAUAUCUGGUGAUAUAACAUCCGAGGAAUUGGGCAUCUGUGAAAAUGAUCAGGCGCUACUUUGUCGCACAGUAUCCAUUGUAUUCCAUUCAGCUGCCACCGUGAAAUUCGAUGAAAAGCUCAAAUUAUCUGUCACAAUCAACAUGCUUGGGACAAAGCGUUUGGUUGAGUUGUGCCAUCGCAUGAUGUCCUUAGAUGCACUAAUACACGUCUCCACUGCCUAUUGCAAUUGCGAUAGAUCCGAGGUAUCAGAAGUUAUAUACGCACCACCCUAUAAUCCCGACGAUAUUAUUUCUUUGAUCAAUUGGCUUCCUGAGGAUAUGCUCGAUCAGCUGACCCCAUCGUUGAUUGGCAAACGCCCCAAUACGUAUACAUUUACGAAAGCCUUAGCGGAGCAUAUGCUACUCAAAGAAGCUGGCAAUCUGCCUGUGGCCAUUGUGCGGCCUUCAAUAGUGAUUGCCAGUUUGAAUGAACCGUUCGCCGGUUGGGUGGAUAAUUUUAAUGGUCCAACUGGUUUGGUAGCCGCCGUCGGUAAAGGUCUAUUCCGCACAAUAAUGUGUGAAAAGAAUUAUGUUGCCGAUAUGGUACCUGUCGAUAUUGUGAUUAAUUUAAUGAUUGCCGCAGCAUGGCGCACAGCGACGCGAAAAACUGAUAAUUUAGCGAUAUAUAAUUGUUGUACUGGACAACGACAUCCCAUACAAUGGGGUGAAUUUGUUAGUUAUGCCAUGAAACAUGUACGAAAGCAUCCACUGGAGGGCUGCCUGUGGUAUCCAACGGGUGUGUUACGCAUGAAUCGUCCAUUGAAUGCAGCACAUGGCUUUCUUGUACACUACUUACCGGCCUAUAUAUUGGAUAUUGUAGCGCGACUGAUGGGCAAGAAGCCAUUCAUGGUAAAUAUACAAAAUAAAAUCGCCAAAGCUGUUGGUUGCUUGGAAUACUUUGCUACACACCAGUGGCGAUUCAGAGACGACAACGUGCACGCACUACUCAAUGCGCUGAGUCAGAAGGAUCGCGAAACGUUUGUGUUCGAUGUGCGCACCAUUAACUGGGAGAACUAUGUUGAGCGUUAUGUGUUGGGCUUUAGGGAAUUCUUAUUUAAACAACGUCCAGAAUCGCUGCCUGCGUGUCGAAAACGUUUGAUGCGAUUGUACUAUCUGCAUCAGCUGACUAAAGUGGUGGCGGUAAUGUGCACUUGGCGCUUCCUAAUGUCGCACUCGAAACGUCUGAAUGCCUUGUGGACGGCAUUCUUGCAGAACGUCUUCAAACUUAUACGAUUAAUACCAUUUUUGUAAUAUUCAAAACGGACGGUGCAGUGCAGUUGAAUUAUAUAUACAUAUAUAUAUAUAAAUAAAUAAAUAAAUAAAUAUGUAGCAGCAAAAGCAGUAGUGGGGAGAAGAAAUAACAAAA